CUGCUGCCGCGGACGGGAGGCAGGCCGGUGUUUUUCCACAACUGAUGGUCACCCAUGUUGAGAGACAAAGGUCAGGAAAAAAAACUCAUAAACUAAAUUUACCGCCGCCGCUGUUAUUCAGCACCGAGCCGUCGCACAAUACAGAAGGGACACGAGCGUUUGAGAGGAAUUAAAGUAGAUAAACAUUAAAGCAUGGCCCAGAAGGAGAAACUUCAGUGUCUCAAAGACUUCCACAAAGACAUUCUGAAACCCUCCCCGGGAAAGAGCCCAGGCACGAGGCCGGAGGAUGAAGCAGAGGGGAAACACCCCCAAAGGGAAAAGUGGGCUAGCAAGCUUGACUUUCUUCUGUCAGUCGCCGGGGGCUUCGUUGGUUUAGGCAACGUCUGGCGGUUCCCGUACCUCUGCUACAAAAAUGGCGGAGGUGCUUUUCUCAUCCCAUACUUCAUCUUCUUGUUUGGUGGAGGACUGCCUGUAUUCUUCCUGGAGGUGGCACUUGGUCAGUUCACCUCUGAGGGAGGAAUCACCUGUUGGGAAAAACUUUGCCCCAUAUUUACAGGUAUCGGCUAUGCGUCCAUAGUGAUCGUUUCUCUGCUGAACAUCUACUACAUUGUGAUUCUGGCCUGGGGCUUGUACUACCUGUUCCAGUGCUUUCAGCCAGAGCUUCCCUGGGCAAGCUGCAACAACAAAUGGAACACAGAAAAUUGUGUGGAGGAUACCCUCCGCAAAAACAAGACACUCUGGGGGGCUGCAAACGCAACUAACUUCACUUCCCCCGUCACUGAGUUCUGGGAGCGAAAUGUUCUCAGCAUCUCAGAUGGUAUCGAGCAGGUGGGUCAUAUUAAGUGGGACCUGGCUCUGUGUCUGCUCGCUGUGUGGGUCAUCUGUUUCUUCUGCAUCUGGAAAGGUGUUAAGUCCACCGGGAAGGUUGUGUACGUCACAGCAACAUUCCCAUUUGUCAUGCUAAUUGUCCUGCUUGUACGGGGUGUCACUCUUCCUGGGGCAGCAGAGGGCAUCAAAUUUUAUCUGUACCCAAAUGUAACUCGCCUGGGAGACCCAGAGGUGUGGAUUGAUGCCGGGACACAGAUUUUCUUCUCUUACGCCAUCUGUCUUGGAGCCAUGACGUCACUGGGAAGCUACAACAAGUACAAAUACAACUGCUACAGGGACUGUUUGCUGCUGGGAGGCCUGAACAGCGCUACCAGUUUUGUGUCUGGCUUCGCAAUAUUUUCCGUCCUGGGCUUCAUGGCACAAGAGCAAGGGGUGGACAUAGCCGAUGUGGCAGAGUCAGGUCCUGGCUUGGCCUUCAUUGCUUACCCUAAAGCUGUGUCUAUGAUGCCACUUCCUACAUUUUGGGCAAUUCUUUUCUUCAUUAUGCUUCUGCUGUUGGGUCUCGACAGUCAGUUUGUCGAAGUGGAAGGGCAGAUCACAUCCCUAGUGGAUCUGUAUCCAUCCUUCCUAAGGAAGGGUUAUCGGCGUGAAAUCUUCAUAGCUAUAGUCUGUUUUGUGAGCUACCUGUUGGGACUUACCAUGGUCACCGAGGGUGGCAUGUAUGUGUUUCAACUCUUUGACUACUAUGCAGCCAGCGGCGUGUGCCUUUUAUGGGUUGCAUUCUUUGAAUGUAUUGCUGUAGCCUGGGUUUAUGGCGCUGAUAAUUUCUAUGAUGCAAUUGAAGAGAUGAUUGGUUACAGACCAAAUCCCUGGAUGAAGUGGAGCUGGACUGUAGUCACACCUUUUCUGUGUGUGGGAUGCUUUGUCUUCUCAUUGGUCAAGUACACGCCCUUGAGAUACAACAAAGUCUACGAGUACCCGGACUGGUCCAUUGGAGUCGGUUGGACCCUCGCCCUCACGUCCAUGAUCUGCAUACCGAUGGUGGUUGUGAUCAAAAUCAUUCAAUCAGAUGGACCCCUCAUAGAGAGGAUCAAAGCGGUGGCAGCACCCGUGAGGGGAGGAGCCAGUUCUUGUCCCCAAGACUACCAGCCUAAAUGCAAUGAGCUGGCGCAGCCGCUGGACCCCAACUGGAACGGAGGCUUGACGAAGCCCACCCACACCAUCGUAGAGACUAUGAUGUGAACGCUCUCUGUGAGAGGAUUCAAUGACCUGCUUUUCCAUUACAUAUAUAUGUGAUUCUAUAUGCAUAUAUUAAAAAUAUACUCUGUAACUUUUGACAUAGUCGUAGGACCAGGUUUACAUUGCUACGCAUCUGCACUAGGAGUCCUUGUUUUGUUUUUUUUGUUUUCUACAGAGAAAGUUAAAUUUUUCUGUCUGUAUUUUUAAUAUUUUUAUCAUAAUACUAUUAUAUUUACUAUUAUUGUCGCUGUUAAUAGACAGAGAACAGAUCGCAAACAGCAGUAUCCUGAACGUAGAACCAUGCCCGUUCUAUUUUUUUUAACUUCUAUCUUGUACAUAUCGAAAUCAAACUAAGCUGUGUAUAUUUGUAAGAGAAUCGAGAAUCAUGGGAAAAAAAAACAAAAACACAAAGGGCUCCGGAAACGUGAAUUGCGAAAAGUACAGAUUCGUGUACAAAGAUGUCAUCCUCCCCAAACGUGAAAUAGUCGUCUUUUUAGGGAUAGAAGUGGUCAUGCAUUAAUGUAGCUCUUUAAGUGUGUCCCGACAAACUGUUUAGACUGGAGAUGGUGCUGUCCCGAAGAACCGAGCCGUUAACACUGCUUGUUUUUAAUGCACUAUACCACUAAGGACACUACAUUCUCCAUACUGGUGCACCCACCAUUUAAAUGGAUAGUUUACGAAAGAAAGAACGAAAAAAAAUUGAAAUUCGUUCCAAACCUGUAUGACUUUCAUUUUUCUGCAAAACGGAUGAAGAAUGAUUUGGCAUUUUUGUCUAUACAACAAAAGUCAAAGGGGUCCAAAACAUUUAACCGAAUUAGUUCUUCUUUUUAAAUGCAUACUUGUUGAAAAGUUUUUAAUAAGGAAUAGCAUUAGCGUCUCCGUGUAAACUAUUAAAACGCACAUUUGUGAAAGUAGUAACGCCACGAGCUUGUUCAGUUCGUAAGUGCGUAGUGUUUCUUUACCAAGUGACAUCGCCAACUACUGGCCCGGAUGCAUGAUAACAGAUUUGUGGAUUUCAAGUUCCACAACGGAAGGUCUAACAGAACGUUGUUGUGAACUUUCCGGCGUCGCAAGAUUUCGGAAAAGCGCAGCACACUCAUUUUUAGCAGUCUCUUCCCCGUUGUUAAGAUGCGUUCACGGCGAUCGACGUUUGUAGCGGAGACGUUAGCCGCAACUUUCUAGUUUGCGAAGGACAUCCGCCGUGCUAUCCGUACGCCGCCCUCAUUGAUUCACAGUCACCAAACACAUUCUGAUUUUGGGAAGUCAGAACGUUAAGCUGCCUGCAAGAUCGAAAAUCCACGUAGAUUCAGGGUAGUUUCGUGCAUUUUGUAUCAAAUCUGUUUGUUUUUAUUUCCAAUCACAUUUGCCUUUUGUAUUCAAAAAUAUCACUGUAUUUGACUGUUCUGUCCAGCAAUUACCAAUAGAUCUCGUCCACAACUGUUAAUCGACAAAGAAAAGCUUGCUGCGAACUGUAAUGUGCAAUACUUUGUAGAACGAAAUGCAUUGUUUCUUCACCUGUCUUUCAGAAAGUUGGUACUUUGGAAGUGUGGAAUUGCGUAUUUUUAAGCUGUUGUAAUAUUUCAGAAACAAUGAAUAGGGGCCAAUUUAAGCUACCGUAAAUGGUAUGCUGCAUUAACACCAAAAACUCAAUGCAGAUCUACUUACUGUGACAAUUUAUACUUUUUUAAAAAUGAGAAAGUAAAGCUUAAUUUUAAGGAUUAUGCCAAUGUUUUGGAUUAAAUUUAUUGGAUUUAAUAUGAUUUCUUUUGACUUGGCCAAGUUAACACCGUAGCCAAUCGCAAAGGGAGAUGCUCAAUUUAACUCGACAACUUCUACUUUGGUACAUUUGGGAUGCUUCAUCACAGAAAAAAAAAAAAUGUAAAUGUUAAUGUUGAAAGAGGCACAAUUUUUAGCAAUACAGAGAUUAAUGUGCAGUCUCAGGGUGUGUUUUAAUAACAGAGACUGGUUUCCCGCUGUUGUGCGUCUCUUGAAACCCUUCCAGUUUUGAAGAACAGCUAAAGGGGGCGGUGUUUAUAAAUGUAAGAGAGAACCUUUUUAAAGUAAUGAUUAGAAAUGUUUAUUUUUUUAUUUCGAGGAUGUGUAAAAAAGCAAGUGUAUUGACAAAAGAAUUUACAUUACCCAAAAAAAAAAAAAAAAACCCUAGCAAAAAAGCAAGAAAACAAGAAAAAUGGAAAAAAAAAGUUUUUAUCUCUUAAUAAACAUUUAUCUUUUAAAAA